GCCGCCCCCGCCCGCCCCCGGCCCCGACCCCGUCCGCCGCGGCCGCCCCCGGCCUCGUUCUCCUCCUCGCAACUCUCUUGUCCAUACAUCGUAGCCGCCGCCUGUCUCUCACCGCCGACAUCCCGACAGCUCUCAGCCCAGAUCGAGCUUCCCCGUUCCCAAAUCGGGUCCUGGUUGGGCUCCCGCCACCGCCUCCCUACACCAGGUGCCAAGGCCUUCGCCGACCACUUCGCCGGCGAAGAGCGCCCAACAGCGGUGCCACCACAAUCUCCACAUCUUCGUCUAUAUGACUGCGCCAAGAGUGCCAUCAUCAAAAUUUUUGCCUUUCCUUAUGCUACGGUAUGUGACCUGUAUUGCGAUAGUGGAAUGGAUACAGACAAGUGGUGUGAUGCCCAGGUUGGCCACUACAUAGGCAUCGAUGCCUCUGCAUCGGGUGUCAACUAUGCCCGUGAGCUAUGGGAGAACAGGAGGAAACCUUUCACUGCUGAAUUCAUCGAGUUGGAUCCUUCUGAUGAUGGUUUUGAAGCUCAAGUGCAGGAAAAGGGCAUCCAAGCAGAUAUGGUUUGUUGUAUGCAGCACUUGCAGUCAUGCUUUGAGAAUGAAGAACGGGCAAAGAAGCUUCUGAACAAUGUAUCAUCACUUCCCAAACCUGGAGGCUACUUCUUUGGCAUAACUCCAGAUUCAUCUACAAUAUGGACAAAAUAUCAAAAGAAUGUUGAGGCUGCACAUAAUAAGGGUUUGAAGACUGUUCCAAAUAGCAUUCGCUCAGAGAACUAUACCAUUACCUUUGAAGUCGAGGAAGAGAAGUAUGAGUUGAAAUUGUAUACUAAAUACACCUAGAAACUUUUGUUACACUGACUUCCUGACCAUGUAUGAGAUAUUGUCUCUUAUUAGUACUAGAUGAUGAGAUGUGUCUUUUUAUGACUAUGGAUGAGACUUUUGUGAUGUAA